ACUGCAAUGGCUGCUAUAUAGGAGCGCGUGCAAGGCUCUCUCUGGACAGGAGGACGCACGAGACCGAAGAAGCUGCUGCAGAGGCUGAGCGCACAGAGAGCAUUGGAGACAGUGGCGGGAUCCCCGGCACUGCGCUGUUUUACGCACGCACUUACGCACGCACUAUGGACUACUGUUGAUCUCUGAGGAAAGAAGCAGUGCGCGCACAGAACUGCUGCAGCUCGUGCCUCCAAGCUUACUCAUUUAGUUUUUAUUUUGUUUUCAAGUUGAGUAUCAGAGGUUGUUUUAACAGAACAGUGAGUCCAACUUAUACUGUCGGGAAAAGAAACAGGUGCGUCAUGAUGAAGUUGCUGCUUUUACCUGUUUUAAUGGCUUUUUUCGCCGUUUCUCAAGUUUUUUGUGAGGAAAACGACCCAAAAGAAGAGGCGGACUACUGGACGAGCAGUAACCAAAUCCAGGAUGGCUGGCUUUCCAACGACCCAUUCAGAGAAAUCCUCCUGAGGAUGACAAGAAAGCCGCGGCCGCACCAGUUCAUCGGUCUGAUGGGGAAACGCUCCAUGGCAAAUGCACAGAUCACCCGCAAAAGGCAUAAAGUCAACUCUUUUGUUGGACUGAUGGGAAAAAGGAGCCAAGAGGAGCCAGAGUCCUAUGACUGGAGCACAAUACAGAUGUACGACAGGCGCCGCUAAACCGUCACCUCUUCACCUGCCUGCACCUCAUCUAGCCAUUCCUCAUCCACGGGAGGGGUACCAGACGCUGGUUUUGUUUUCUCCAAACUGUGUAUAGCUGUUAGUCGAAUAAAAAUGAUUCUGUUUCCA